GGCGCUGACGAACGUCGCAAUGAGUUAUUACAAAACGUCGUCAGGCGGCGGCGGCCAGCCACGCACGCGCCAUGCACGCCCCUGUUUGUGUGUGCGUGAGUGCGUGACGUCACGUGGCGUCACGACAUCACUACUACACCCGUGGCUGGGCUGUGCACGGCGCGAAGCUAGGCGCACGCCGCGUGAUCGGCACACGGCGGCCAUGCUUCCCCUCCCCGCCCCGCGAACCACUCGCGUCCGACGUUCCGCGGUGCGCGUAUCGUUUGUAUUAUUGUUUUUUAUUUGUCGUAAUAAAUAUGGAAACGUUCAUAGAACAAGUGAGAAAUCAUCCUUGUUUAUGGGACACAGACAGUGUAUCGUACAGAGAUUCGGCACGUAAGGAUUUGGCGUGGAAAGUGGUUGCUCAGAACUGCGGCUUGGUUAACGCGUCUGAAGCAAAAAAUCAAUGGAAAAGAUUACGAGAUAGCCACAGAGAAGCGAUGCGGAGGCGAAAAACAGCGCUGCAACCUCAAAAUUUCGGUCCUUGGAAAUACGAGAAACUAAUGGAAUUUGUACUGCCACAGAACAGAGAAACAUAUGCCAAUUUCUGCAAUGAAACGUACACAGAAAAUGCUCUAGUGAGUCUAUCGACUGAAGACAAUGAGUGUAAUAGUGAAAGCUCCACGUUAGAUGUAGAAAGAGAAUAUAAACGUCAGCUGAAGGAGAAAGAAAGAGAUGAAAUGAGGCGACAUAUUUUCGACGAGAAUAGAAUGAGACGUGAUCCACUGUCUGAUUUAUUUUCUAGUAUGUGCGAGAAGACACGAGACUUGCCCAAAUAUCUACAGCUCAGAGUACAAAGGGAGAUAUUCGAUUCCGUCAGUCGUGCUGAAGAGGAAGCUUUGUCUUUUGAAUCACAAGUAUCCAGUGCAUCCUAUUAUAAUGCUAGUUCUGAUAAAUUCGGACAAAUGGAAAUAUGUGAGUUAGCAGAAACUAAAUACAGACAAACUGAAAGUCCAGCGCCGAGCACGUCAGUUAUAGUUCCAGAACAAAAAGGAGAAAUAAAGCGGUAAAACUUUUUAUUGGCCUAAAUAAAUGCAAGAAACGUUUUACUUGACACCACACGUGUGACAACGCGUCAAAUUAAUUAAAAAAAAAU